AUGGCAACCCUGGUCGAAUAUACCCAAGUCGAACUCCUGACACUGAGCGGGCCAGAAUUCCGCCGGGUAUCAACUGCUCCUCCGCGCCCACCAACCGAUGAUGAGAUCCCGGUCAUAGAUCUCGCCUCUAUCGACAGGGAUCUAGAAGCGAGAAAGUCCAUCGCGUCCAAAGUCAGGGCGGCGGCCGAGAGCACGGGUUUUUUCUACAUCAAAAACCACGGGAUCUCAGAAGAGCUUAUUCAGAAUGCGCUAUCUCAAGCACAAGCUUUCUUCGACCAGCCAAUCGAAAAGAAACAACUAGCAUCAAGCAAGACGCAAAAGAAUGCAGAUGGAUGGCAUGGGCUCGGAACUACCCAAAUUAACAAAACCGAAACCAGGGAUCGCAAAGAGACAUUUUCUCUGCGCUACAAUCCCAGGAACGAUCCAACUGUCCCCAACGCGGACACACUAUCCACCGAAGAUGACUUCGCAUGGGAGACAACAAGCCAUCUCCCUGGGUUCCAGGAAACAACUAUUAAAUUUUACCAGCACCGCCUCAUGCUCGCACGCAAGAUAAUCCGUAUCUUCGCGCUUGCUCUAGGCAUGCCGGAAGACUAUUUUGACUCUGUGACCACGAACCCCGGCGCAGACGGGCUUUACGUACACUAUCCCGCUACCCCAGCCGAUGCGCUCGAGGAAAACAACGGGGAUGUUGACGUCGGCAUCGGCUCGCAUACUGAUAUCCAGUGUGUCACUCUUCUGUGGCAGGAUAUGUCUGGCGGUUUGCAGGUCCUGUCGGCCAGCGAUGAGUGGCUCGAUGCCCGGCCUAUUGCUGGCACGCUGGUGGUCAAUAUUGGCGAUUUCCUCCAGCGUCUUUCGAAUAAUAAGUUCAAGUCUACAGUGCACAGGGUUUAUAAUCGCCAGCCUACCUCCAGGUACUCGAUGCCUUUCUUCCUGGGUUUCAAUCCCGAUUCAGUUUGUAAGGUUGUGCCUUCGUGUAUUGACGAGACUCAUCCUGCGCUUUAUGAGGCUAUCUCUUGUGGAAAGUGGCAUCGAAACCGACUUGAACUCGCACACGGAAAGCCUAUUUCUUCUUGA